GGCCCCGGGCCCGCCAUGGCGGCGGCGGCGGCGGCGGCGGCGGCGGCGGCGGCCGAGCGGCGGCGGGAGCAGCUGCGGCGCUGGGAGGAGGCGGCGGCGGCGGCGCCGGGCCCGGGGGAGGCUCGGCCGGGGCCGCCGCGGGUCCGUUUCGAGCGGCAGGCCGAGUUCCGCGCCGCCUGCGCAGGCGCAGAGCUGGCCGAGGCGCGCGCCAUGGUGAUGGCGCCCGAGGGCGGGGGGCGCGCGCUGCUGGGCGGGGCCAACGCGGACGGCAUCAGCGCGCUGCACCAGGCGUGCAUUGACGAGAACAUGGAGGUGGUGCAGUUUCUGGUGGAGAGCGGUGCCGAUGUUAACCAGGCGGACAACGAGGGCUGGACCCCCCUGCACGUGGCGGCGGCCUGCGGGUGCCACCACAUCGCCCAGUACCUGCUGUCCCAUGGUGCCGAUGUCACCGCUCUCACCUGUGACCUGGAGCUGCCCCUGGAGGUGGCCGAGGACGAGGCGCUGGAGGAGCUGCUGAGGGCGGAGCUGAACAGCCGAGGUGUGACCGUGGCCGAUGCCAAGCGCGCCGAGGAGCGGCGGAUGCUGCGGGACACGCGCCUCUGGCUGGACUCGGGGCAGCUGCGGGACUGUCCCCACCCGGCCACCGGCGCCAGCGCGCUGCACGUGGCGGCCGCCAAGGGAUACAUCGAGGUCAUGAGGCUGCUGCUGGCCGCUGGUUACGACCCCGACGUGCGGGACAAGGACGGCUGGACCCCGCUGCACGCGGCGGCGCACUGGGGCGUGGAGGAGGCGUGCCGGGUCCUGUGCGAGCACCUCUGCGACAUGAGCCCCCAGAACAACGUGGGGCAGCGUCCGUGUGAUCUGGCGGAUGAGGAGACGCUUCCCCUGCUGGAGGAGCUGCAGCGGCGGCAGCUGCACCUCCGCCGCCUGAAGGACCCCGCGGGGGCCCCUCCCCCACCCCCGGCGCCGGACCCCGAGGGAGCCCCUCCCCCCACCGGGGGCGCCAAGCACCGACGGAGCUCCGUGUGCCGCCGCAGCUCCCGGGAGCGCCUCUGGCUCCAGGCCCGGGCCCGGGUGGGGGAGGGGCCGCUGCCCCCCCCCCUGCGCCCCCCGGGGGGGGGAGGGGCGCCCGACAGCGACGAGGGGGGGAGAGUGAGGGGGAGGGGCCGCCCCCCCCGGGGGGUGAGAGCGCUUUGGGGGGAAAAACGGGGAUUUUGGGAAAAAUGGGGAUUUUGGGGGCGUGUCCCGGGCCCGGCCCCGCCCCCACCGCCCCCCCAGCCCCCCCCCGGGGCUCUCCUCAGGUCCGGCUCUUUGGGGGCGUGGCCAGGCCCCGCCCGGGACACGCCCCCCGCCCAGGCCCCGCCCCCCGUGCGACGCUCCGCCUCCUCCCCGCGCCUGCAGGUGUCGGAGACCCCCCAAGGACGCCCCUCCCCCACCCCGCGGGCCCCCAGGCCGUUCCAGCCGCCCGCCCGGGACGAGGAGUCGGAGUCGCAGCGCAAAGCCCGGAGCCGCCUGAUGCGGCAGGCGCGGAGAGCCACGCAGGGCGUGACCCUGCCGGAGCUGCGGGCGGCGGAGCACGGGAUUGGCCGAGGCGCCGAGGGGCGUGGCCAGCAGCAGCCAAUCAGGGACGAGGGCGGGCGGGAGCCGACCGACCCCCCCCGGCUCCCCUCCCCCACCCGCGGCCCCGAGAGCGACGGGCCCGAGGACGCCCCUCCCCCACCCAGCCCCACCCCGGCCCCGCCCUUCGAUUACCAACAGCUGUUCCAGGAGCUUUGGGGUGAAAACGAGCGGAUUCGGGAGCAGCUGCAGGAGGCGGAGCUGGCGCUGACCCAGAGCCGGCUGGAGCUGGAGAGGGUCACCCAGCGUCAGGAGCGCAGCGCCGAGCGCCCGGCCCGGCUGGAGCUGGAGAGAUUCGAGCGCCGGGCGCUGGAGCUGAAGGCGGCUGAGCUGGAGGAGGAGCUGAAGGCGCUGUCGGACCUGCGCGCCGAUAACCAGCGGCUGAAGGACGAGAACGCGGCGCUCAUCAGGGUCAUCAGCAAACUCUCCAAGUGACCCCAAAAACCCCCAAAAACCCCCAAAUCCGCCCCAAAAACCCCCAAAUCCGCCCCAAAAAUCCCCCAAACCCCCCCCCAGCGGGGGCGGAGCCAAACGCGCCGGGGGCGUGGCCAAACGCAGUGGGUGGAGCCAAUGCGGAGGGGGCGUGGCCAAAGCGGGAGGGGGGCGGAGCCCCGCGUUAAUUGCACUGAAUGUAAAUCUGCCAAAGGGGCGUGGCCAAAAAGGGGGCGUGGUCUGUGCGCGCCAGGCCCCGCCCCCACCUCUCCCCGCAUGCCAAU